AUGAUUCCAGCACGUACUUUUCUGAUCAUUGCUGUCAUCACUUUUCUUUCAUCGCUCGUCCACGCACAGACAAACGUCACCUCUAAUCUCUGCGCCGAUCCCUCGGCUUAUAGCUCGUGCAAUGCCAACGUCGACGCCAAAGGACGAGACUGCGUCGUCAAUUGCAAUGGCUCUGUCAACUGUGUUGUUGCAUGCGGAUGCACCGCUCAUCAAGACUACCUGAACUGCAUGGCAGAAGCAUGCUGGAAUCAAGUCUACUCAUGCGAAUACCAAAUCUUCAUCCAGCAAUACCUCACCUCCUGUCCCGACGUCACAGACCCGAUUCCCUUCUGGCCUCCUCCCAAGAACGCACCCGGUGGUUGUUCCUGUAAUAUCAGCGAGGUCUACGACUCGGUGCGACGGGCUGAACAGGAACAAAGCUCGUGUCUCGUCAAUGCAAGCAAUGAGCUCACCACGAAUAAUGGAGUCGAUGUUGCAAAGAAGGAAUCCGGCUGUGCGUGUUGUGGGAUCAGUGCUAUCUUAUCUGCAAUACACGACAUCUGCCCAGACACCAUCAUCCCCGCCCCCAUAGCCUUUUACAACAUCUGGCCCUUCUCCCCAACAAACAAUCUCCCGACUCUCCCUCCCCUCCCAAUCUCCGUCCCAGUCCCAGAAAUCAACAUCUCAGACCCGGAUUGGUCCGCCUGCGAAACGCCCCUCAAGAACUACAACUGCAUGUCUGAUCUCGGGUUCUCUGCGCCGUCCAAGUCGUCCAAGACAUUCUAUCGGCCCGAUAAUAUGCCCAAGAAUGGGACGGAGACGCUGCAUAAUACCGGGACGGAGGUGACGUCGCCGCCUAGUGGGACUGUGUUUACCUGGCAUCAGUCCACGGCGACGUAUACGGUGACGGCGUCGGCGUAUGUGCGAGAGAGGACUUCGAAUGAAACAUUGACGGGGACGAGGUCGGGGUUGGCGAGUGCGAUGCAGACGGCCGGUUCGGAGUCGGGGGCUUCUAGAGUUGGGGGGUCGAUGGGAGGGUUGUUUGUUGAGAUAGGGUUGGCUUGGUGGCUUGUUUAA